GAACACACUGACACCGCUCAUGAUCGCGGCGCGAAUGAAUCAUCCUCCUGAUGUUCUGCGAGUCAUGCUCGGGCUCCGUGCCAACGUCAAUGACCGGGUAGCCCGCUCUGGUAUCAAUGCAGCAUUCAUGGUACGCAGCCCGGGGCAGGUUGAGGUGCUGCUUGCCGCGAAGGCGGACGUCCACUCAGUGGCUUCUGUUGGUGUGGGUCUCCACCCGCUCACCGGCGUCGCUUCCUUCGCGACCUCGGACACGCUGACCGCGAUGCUCUCAGCGAGGUGCGAUCCAAACCCCGAUCUGCAG